UCAGAGCGAUGUUUAAAUGUCAGUGGCGGUUAUUGCCGCUGGGUUCGUCAGGGCUUUAAAUGAAUUUAUUUAAUUAAUAAUUUAAUUAAUAUAUUUAUUGUUUGGUUGUUCGGUCCGUCGAAGAAGCCGGAGGCCGAGGGUUAAGCGAUGUCAGUGAAGAGUUCGAUUGGGAAUCCUGAGUUUCUGAAGAAAAGAGUUGUACCAAAUCCAAAAUAUCAUUAUGUUCGAGCACGAAUUGAUACUGGACAUAGCCUUUCAAAGUAUAUGGAAAAAAUUGAAGAAUUAAGAAAAAAUUAUAGAUAUAAAAGAGAUGAAUUAUUCAAAAGGUUGAAAGUCACCACAUUUGCCCAGCUGGUGCUGCAGGUGGCUUCUGUGAAUGAACAAGGUGAACGGAUGUUUAGCGAACAGCAACAGGAAGAAGAUUCACAUUCAGUGCUUUCCGCACCAGAGCCUGAACUCCUUGCAAUAAAGGACAAUGAGGAACGAUGUCCUAUGGAAGUGCAUCAGAAAUCCCCUAUAGAAUUAAUAAGUAAUGAAGAUUCAGUUGAGAAACCACUUUCAGCACGCUCCACUCUUCAAAGUGUUAUAAGUGGUGUUGGGGAAAUAGAUCUGGAGAAAGAGAAUCAGAAAUUGUCCCAGCCUGAGCUCUGUCUCUGUUCAGAGAAAACAGAUGGACCGUACCCAGACUGCCCUUACUUGCUUUUGGAUGUACGUGAUCGUGAUGCCUAUGAUCAAUGUCACAUUAUUGGAGCCUACAGUUAUCCUAUUGCAAUGCUGUCCAGGACGAUGAACCCUUAUACAAAGGAGAUUCUAGAAUACAAAAAUGCAUCUGGGAAAAUCAUCCUGCUUUAUGAUGAAGAUGAACGGAUAGCUAGUCAGGCUGCCACAACACUGUGCGAGAGAGGUUUUGAGAAUCUUUUUAUGCUAUCAGGUGGGUUGAAAGUUGUUGCCCAGACAUUCCCAGAAGGGCUAACCACUGGAUCAAUUCCACUGUCAUGCCAGCCUCCAGUUUUUCUGCCAUCUCGCCAGAGGCAAUCAACACCUCAGGAACCUCUACGCCCUGCAGAGGAUAAACUCCGAUUUGCUAAAGAUGAUUUGAGCAAGAUCCAGCAUUACCUGGAUGAAAUUCUAGUACCAUCUAAUUCACCCAGCAGCUUCAGUCAUCUCUCAUCAUCGAGAACACAAUUGAAGUCAUCCAGCAGCUCUGUUCGUGCCCAGACAGGCAGCAUCCAAAAUAAACCAUGGAAAUAAUGAACAGAAUGUUAAUCCUUCACCUCUCUUAAUACUUCUACUUUUUUUUAAUCAUUAGCUACUGUAUUGCAAAAGAGCUCGAGAAAAAAGUUAUCACUGACAUUCUUUAAAAAAAACUUGAAGCAAUCUAUAGAAAUAGAUGCUUUUGAAAACAAUAGCCAACGUACGUUUUGAGGAAAAGCAACGUAGUGCACUACUUGGAUUUAAAUUACCCACUUGAAUCUUAUUAAUAGCUUUAACUCCAUCCAAAACGCGUGGAAAAGAUUAAAACAGGAAAAUAAGGGAAAACCUGUUCAGCACUAUUAACAUUACUGAGUCCUGUGUUGUCAAGCACAGGUUUUGAAUACACAAUAAAUAGAUUUGGAUGUAGAAAUACAGAUACAAUACUUACUGCACCAUAAGAAUACCCUCACACAAAGUACUGUCCUUUUUUUAUUUUCCCUUUGGUUCCAAAGACAAAAUGAGGAAAAUAUUCUUUUCUGUCUCAUCACAGAACUCUGGGCUAAUCCCAGUCAUUGGUUUUAAGCGAUUUUAUUUUCUUCCUUCCCCACAACUAUCAUUUGAUGAUUAAUGACUACCUCAGAAAUGAAACUGUUGACAAUUUUUUUCAGCUAGUGACAUGUCCUAAAUGGUACUUAAUGCAAUGCAAAGGAAUUAAAUAGCAGUUGAAGAGAUUCUUAUCAUUCCAACAGUACAUUAGAUUGGUAACAUGCCAACAUAUAACAUGCUCAAACUCUACAAUGGAAUACAAGUAAUGAAUUUAUAAACCUAGUGCACUUUGAGCUAUUUAUCAAAAUUUUAACUACCCAUAUUGUUAAAUUUGUUAAAUCAACUCAGAACAUUUCCACUGGCAUAUAUAUCAUUGUGUCAGGGCAGCAUAUCAUAAACCAAUGUGAAAAGUUUCUUGGGUUAGUAGUUUGUAUCCUGUUUCAGUUUGCAACUGAGCCUCUGAGAGCAAAUGUAUAGCCUGACUGAUGUCUCAGUAAAUACAUAAUGAAUGCACAUGAAUAUGGCUUCAGCAUUCUUUGAAAUGAAGUCUAUGCAUGUACUGAACUGGAUUGUGGUGUGCUCAGUGCCUCUCAUUGCCAUGCAUUGUUACCCUUGAUUUGUAGGUAUUUGUACUUCGUUAAGUUUAUUUUCAAUUGCUGCCUUUGAUUUAUUUUCUUUUAAUUUCAGUGCAGCUGCCUUGAUACAGUAUGAAGCUAUUGAUAGUUUUUUACAUGUAUUUCAAAAAAUUUGUCUUUCUUUCCUGUUUACCAAAACCAGUGGAAUUACUUUAAUUGUCAAAUUUCACUCUCUUCAAAGAGAUUCUGGUAUCUUCAGAAACACUUUAGGAUUCCACAAUUCCAUUUGUUAUUGUAAAAAAAACAAAGUUAACUUUCCCAAUUUUCAAUUUUAAAGUGAUUAUGCUGUUUAGAUCCAUCUCAGUCUGGCAACUUAUAGGGACCUAGCAAACAGGGGAAUAGUGUUAUGGUUAUAUCUCUGAUUUUAAUUUACUUGUGAGACCUAGAGUAACAUUCACCUAUGUCAUGCUUUUCUGGAGCGAAUUAAACUCUAUUUUAGCCAAAUGUGCAAAUUAACUGAAUGUGCAAACCCUAAAAACUAUUUUGAUGGUCUGUGCUUCUAUGAGAAAAUGAAGUGAGUCAAGCCGACAACAAAUUAUAUCCUGUUGAUUCACAGAUUGACUGCGCUUAUUGACAAGUUCCUGGCUACAAUCAAUGAGUUGAUCAGUUUUUUUUCUUUUGCUUCCAAUUUUGAAGGCCUUUUUCUUCCACCACCAUGUAAGUGUAGCAAUAUGACUCAUAGAUGCUCACAGUAGUGUGUUUCAUCCUGAUACCCCUGUCUCUCUCCCAAUGAGCCAAAUUAAUACUUGUAUAUCUGCACAAAGCUGAAGUUGUCUAUGUUUUCUGUCUCUGUUUAAAAGGUUUUUACUUGUGCUGAGAAAAUGUGGCAGUGUUUUCUCAAUGACCUGUCUUUUUCCAAAUACAGACAUUCGUUGGGUGAUUAUUGUCUAAAUGUGUUGACAAGUUAAUGAGAAUAGUAACGUAGCAGUGUCCCAUUAUUGUUGGGUAUAAGAUUUUGUAGUGGCCAGUAGUCUUCCAGCAGGGAGUCAUCUUUCCUAACUAUAUACACAAAAUGCAGCUCAUUGCCAUGGCUACCUUCUAAGGACUUUCUUUUAUUGUUAAUUGAGUCUCAAAUACAAUUGCACAGUUGUUCUCCUUUCCAGCAACAACAUUCAGAGGAAAAUUUAAUACACACAACAGCAAAGUUGGAUAUGCAAGUACUAAUCACCAUAUGGCAUUAAGUCAGACAGAAUUGGCAGGUUCAUGUUUUCUAAAGCAUGGAUCUUGAGCCAGAGGACUGAAAACCCUCAGAGCCAAUAAAAAAAAUACUGUGAUAGACAUGCACAUUUUUAAACAGAAUUUACCUGACAAGGAUCUAAAUGAGGACCCCUCGGAGAUUUUCACUUCCCUAGCCCAGGGAUACUAGGAUUCAACCGUAAGUGACCUUAAUACAUUACCCUGAGUGUUACUGAUUUAGUGCAGAUCAGAGAUCAAGCUUGUAAGCAUCCUAGUCUGAUUUUUAAAAAUGUUUCUUUUUACACGUUCUGCUGUCUUGUAUGAAGAUGUGAAAUGUUGCCAAUAGAUAUGAUGUGCAUAUUGAUGGUCUUUGAGUUAUUCUUUGUCGAGGAGUUUCCUGCUCUAAUAUCAGGCAUCCAGUAUGAGACCUGGAACAGAUCAGAUCAUUAUAUAAUGGGCAUACUGCUAGUAAAAACUGCAUCCCAGAAGGAUACUUCAUAUUUUGCUCCUUAUAGUUGUUCUGCAUGUUUUGUGAAUGUCAACUAGAUGAUUAUAGCUGUGGCAUUGGUCAAGUGAUGUUGGAUUUUGGUUUUGAACAUAGAAGUCUGUACAUUUUGUAUUUUUAAAAUAAAAUGUAUUUGUUUUAAAUUU